AUGGCGUUUCUCCGAUCCUCCGCGUCGGUCUUCUCGGCCGUGUGCAGACAGAGCGCCAACUCUCGUCUCUCUCAGUCCGCGGCUUCCGUGCAGACAUCUAACAUGUCUUCUCUAUCUACACGAUCUGCAUCCUACUCUCUUCGCCCAUCAUUCUCAUCCACUCUCUCUAUCCGCUCUACUCGCACCUUCUUGACGCACCUCCGCCGCGAAGCCCAGGCGCUUAAGGAACAGCCUAUUUCCUCCUCAACUCCCAUUCCUCCAACCACGCAAGCCCCAGCCCCCCUUCGCGUCAACAAUCUCCCCUACUUCGUUCGCCGUACAGGCUCCAACCAACUGCCCGUGUACCUAGACAAGAAGGCUGGUGGCACAAAGCAACUCACUAAGAUUCAAAAGACCGAGGGUGACCUUGAGGCAUUCCGCGAGGAUCUGGCACGUUCCUUAGGUGUUGAUUUACGAAGCUCCGAUGUCAGCGUUAACAAGCUUACGGGUCACAUUGUCGUCAAGGGCUGGCGCAAACCUGAAAUUGUGAAGUUCCUGCGUGAGCGAAACUUCUAA